AUGGCAUACGUCGUCCCAAUUCAUCGAGCCAGCAGCGUGCGACACGCGCUGAAGCUCAACUUCCUCGAGCCAGAAGAAGAUUGUCUCGUUGUCGCUAAAGGAGCCCGUCUUGAAUUCUAUUCUAUAACCCCCGAUGGCCUCGCACUCACCACAUCUCGUGCUCUCUAUGCCAAAGUCUCGAUGCUAGCCCGACUCCCCGCCCCCGCCAACUCAACGACAGACCACCUCUUCGUCGGCACAGAUCAAAAUACAUAUUUCACACUAAAAUGGGACAGCGAGAAACGACGAGUCCGUACGGAACGAAGCUAUGUAGAUCUCGCCGACAAGGCCUCAAGAGCCUGCCAAAACGGUGACCGAUGUCUGAUUGAUCCGAGCGGGAAGUACAUGACAUUGGAGAUUUUUGAGGGUAUCAUUACUGUGCUACCCAUCAUCCAACUACACAAGAAACGAGGCAAACCUCCGGUCCUGAAAACGUCGCAUUACAGUAACCCCGACGAGCCGACGCCGCAGAUUGGAGAAUUGGGUGAACCCAUGAUGACGAGAAUAGAUGAGUUGAUGGUCCGAUCGUCGGCGUUCUUGCAUGUGGAAAGCAAAGCACAUCCUCGAUUAGCGUUAUUGCAUGAAGAUAAUCAGCGAAAAGUGAAGUUGAAGAUUAGGGAAUUGUCGUUUGAGGCGUCUGCGGAGCCGGUUUUUCAGGAGACCGAGGAUUUUACAGAGGAAUUGGACCUGGGGGCUUCACAUUUGAUUCCUGUUCCGGCUCCGUUAGGUGGAUUAUUGGUUCUCGGAGAGACAUGCAUCAAGUAUAUCGAUGACGCCAAAAAUGAAACAAUCUCAAACCCCCUCGAUGAAGCUACGAUCUUUGUUGCAUGGGUGCAAGUGGACGGUCAGCGAUGGCUCCUCGCGGACGACUACGGUCGUCUCUUCUUCUUGAUGUUAGUCCUGGAUUCUCAAAAUGAAGUAGAAGGCUGGAAACUCGACUACCUCGGCGAGGCGUCAAGAGCAUCCGUUCUUAUCUAUUUAGGCGCUGGAAUGACUUUUAUCGGAUCUCAUCAAGGAGAUUCCCAGGUUAUUCGGAUCAGUGAAGGCUCUUUUGAGAUUAUCCAGACCAUAUCUAAUAUUGCUCCAAUCUUAGAUUUCACUAUCAUGGACCUCGGUGCCCGCGAAGGGGAGAAUUACACUCAUGAGUUUUCGUCGGGUCAAGCUCGCAUCGUCACGGGCUCUGGCGCAUUCAAUGAUGGCACUUUGCGAAGUGUGCGAAGUGGUGUUGGUAUGGACGAAUUAGGUGUUUUAGGCGAGAUGGAGCAUAUUACGGAUAUGUGGGCUUUGCAAAUUUCUAGCCCAGGUGAUUUUUCAGACACACUGGUGGUCACCUUUGUCAACGAGACCAGAGUCUUCCGAUUUAGUUCGGAUGGCGAAGUGGAAGAGCUGGAUGAAUUCCUCGGUCUGAAUUUGGCAGAGAAUACCCUUCUUUCUAGCAACUUGCCUGGCGGUCGUAUCAUACAUGUCACAGAAAGCGGCGUGAGUAUAGCCGAUACGGACAGCGGCAUGGUCACAUCUAAAUGGUCGCCUGAUGGACACACGAUUACAUCAGUAGCAUGCAACGAUGAGCGACUUGUUGUCGUGACUGGUGGUCAAAUUAUAGCUACUCUAGAUAUCACUGGAGACCUGAAGGUCCUUUCUCAAAAAGAUUUUGGCAAGGACAAUCAAGUUUCAGGAGUGACUAUUCCACCAGCACCAUCACAAGUCUGCAUCGCCGCUUUCCCGCAAAACGCCCUAGUGGCCGUUUUGGAUUUACAUAGAUUCGAAGAGUUACAUAGUCAAUCUUUGGGUGUCGCUAGUGAGGCUUUUCCACGAACUGUUCUCUUAGCAGAGAUUCUGGCAGAUAGUUCUUCGACAUUGUUUGUGUCCAUGGCGGACGGCAGUGUCGUAACAUUUUCUUACGAUGCCGAAAGCCAUUCUCUGACCGGUACGAAUAAGUUGAUUCUCGGCUCUGAGCAACCGACAUUCAAAAAACUACCACGAGGCGAUGGACUUUAUAAUGUGUUCACCACAUGCGAACAUCCCAGUUUGAUAUAUGCUUCUGAAGGGCGGAUUAUCUACUCAGCAGUGAACUCAGAAGGUGCCUCGCGUGUUUGCCAUUUCAACACUGAGGCAUAUCCAGAUGCCAUUGCAGUGGCAACAUCAAGAGAUCUCAAGAUCGCCCUUGUUGACAAGGAACGCACAACCCAAAUACAAACUCUGCCUAUUGGAGCAACCGUUCGGAGGGUGGCAUAUUCGCCCACAGAAAAGGCGUUCGGAAUCGGGACUAUCAAGCGUCGCUUAGAGGAUGGAGCUGAAAUUGUCGAGAGUCAAUUCGUGCUUGCUGAUGAGAUCAUGUUCCGAAAGUUAGAUUCUUUUGAUCUGAAGCCCGACGAGCUUGUUGAAAGUGUCAUCCGUGCUCAAAUGGUCGUUGGCAAGGAUAGGUAUGAUGAACCUAUCUACAAAGAUAGAUUUAUUGUUGGGACCGCGUAUUUGGACGAUGAGACAGCUGAAUCCAUACGUGGGCGUAUUCUAUUGUUUGAAGUGGACUCUAAUAGAAAAUUGUCAUUGUUCCUGGAGCAUCCGGUGAAGGGGGCCUGUCGAGCGUUGGCUAUGAUGGGCGAUUAUAUCGUGGCAGCUCUUGUCAAAACUGUGGUCAUCUUCGAGGUGACAGGGCAGCCGCAAACAGGAAAAUAUUCGCUCCAAAAAGCCGCCGUCUAUCGCACAUCAACUGCCCCUGUUGAUAUUGCGGUUACGGAUAAAACAAUCGUUGUCGCAGAUUUAAUGAAGAGUAUAUCUAUCGUUGAGAGCAACAAAACUGAUGCUUUGACGAUGGAAGCAAAGGAAGUCGCUCGUCAUUUUGCGACUGUAUGGACUACAGCUGUGGCAGAUAUUGGGUCGAACCAGUGGCUUGUCAGUGACGCGGAGGGAAACUUAAUCGUCCUUCGCCGGAAUGUCGAUGGCAUGACGGAGGAAGAUCGACGGCGACUGGAGGUGACUAGUGAGUUGCUUCUGGGCGAAAUGGUCAAUCGCAUUCGACCAGUGAAUAUUCCUCAGACAUCGACCAUGGCGGUGACUCCCAAGGCAUUCUUGGGAACGGUCGAAGGAUCAAUCUAUCUCUUCGCACUAAUCAAUCCGGAGCACCAGGACUUCCUUAUGCGACUCCAGACAGCCAUCUCGGCCUACGUUGAUUCACCAGGCUUGAUGCCAUUCAAUAAGUUCAGGGCUUUCCGGUCGACCGUGCGUGAGGCCGAGGAGCCUUUCCGGUUUGUUGACGGAGAACUUAUUGAACGAUUCUUGGAUUGUGAUAGAGCUGUUCAAGAAGAGAUACUAGGCGUUGUCGGUAGUGGUGAUUUGGAAUCGGUGCAAAAGAUGAUUGAGGCUCUGAGGAGGUUGCAUUAA